UAUACGCAGCAGCACUAAAGAGAGAAGAAACUGAGAUCUAGCCUUCCUUUUGCACUCUGAUUGCCUGCAAAAUGGAUAUGGGAAAUAAGAGGAUGGCUGUUUUAGUAGGGUGCAACUAUCCAAACACCAGAAAUGAAUUACAUGGAUGCAUCAAUGAUGUGCUGACAAUGAAGGAAGUGCUUGUGAAACGGUUCGGAUUUGAUCUUAAAAGUGUCCAGCUCUUGACUGAUGCACCAGGGUCCGUGGUUCUGCCCACUGGUGCAAAUAUAAAGAAGGCACUUAGUCACAUGAUUGAUCAGGCUGAAGCAGGGGAUGUCUUGUUCUUCCAUUAUAGUGGACAUGGAACAAGGAUCCCAUCCGUCAAACGUGACCAUCCCUUCAGGCACGAUGAGGCUAUUGUGCCCUGCGAUUUUAAUCUCAUCACCGAUGUGGAUUUCAGGCAAUUAGUGAACCGGCUGCCAAAAGGAGCAAGCUUGACAGUCCUUUCCGAUUCUUGCCACAGUGGUGGCCUGAUUGACAAAGAGAAGGAGCAGAUAGGGCCAAAGGCAACAAUCACAACCAAUAAUGCCAAAGUGCCUUCUCAAAGCCCUAAAGUCAUCCCAUUUGAGUCUAUACUACAGCACCUUACAUCUCUAACAAACAUCAACACAUCUGAUAUUGGUACUCACUUGUUAGAGUUUUUUGGAUCUGAUGCCAGCCUUAAGUUCAGGCUACCACCACUUGAAAGGGACCAAUUUGAAUCAAUAAAUCCAGAUGAGGGAAUUUUACUCAGUGGGUGCCAAGCAAAUGAGACUUCUGCUGAUAUGAGCCCAAAUGAGGGUGGUGGAAAAUCCUAUGGAGCAUUUAGCAAUGCAGUACAAAUGGUGUUGAAAGAACAUUUAGGUCAAUUGAGUAACAAACAACUUGUGAUGAUGGCUAGGGAGGUUUUACAGGCACAAGGAUUUGAGCAACAACAUCCUUGCUUGUAUUGCAGUGAUCAGAAUGCUGGUGCUACUUUCCUGUGGCAGCCUGAAUGCUAGCUAGCUAGCACAAGUAAUGAGAUCAUGGGCUGGUGGUUGUCUGUACUCUGAUUGUCACUAGCCUGGUGUUUGCUGUAAUAAAAGUGGCAUGUAAUAAAGAGGUUCACGUCCCUGUGCCUCUCCUCGAAACUUUGACAAGCAUUUAUUCUUACAUAAUGUCCUGUGAACAAAAAAUUGAUUUGAUUGACGAGCUUUAAUUUUACCACUCAAAAUCUUCUUCUCAA